UAUCAGUAUGUGGUUUCCAUGAUUCCUUAAUAAUAAAGAAUCCAAGCGAUUGAACUAUUCUUAUUGCAUUUGCCUCACCUAACUCAAAAGAUGGAUAGUGGAUGCCAGUAUCAAAGUAUACAGUGUAAUCGAAGCGCGGAUUGAACCAUUUUACAUUCCUACAAUUAUAAUAAUAAUAAUAAUAAUAUAACACAUCAAUAUUAAAUUCAAAUCCUAAACCCUAAAAAGCUCGUCGGAAAAAUUCUUCAAAGUCCACAAUGAGAAAAAUACUUGAUUACUAACGAAUGAUGGUUGCAUGUGCACAGAGUACAACAAAUUUCAGCUUCUCCGAUGUGUUUUCCGGCAAAAUGUCGAUUUUUAUGAUUUCUAAGUUCUCUGAUAGUGGGUGGAGUUUUCUGAAUAGUUCCCAACGCCAAUUUUGUAAGUUUUUUAGUUGGCGACAAGUAGUAAUUUUGUCGGUGGCAAAUAACAUGCCCCUAAACAAAUCCUACAUCCAUAAAGCAAGAGAGAGAUCCAUGAUUCAUAAAUUCGUAACUGGUCAUAAUUGACAAUACACGUUUUUGAGUGAAAUGGAAGAGUUCUUGUAAAGACUAUGAACUUAAACGAGCUCAUUAUGCACUGCAAGGAUAUGUGAUCUUAUGGAAAUAUCUUGGCAUGCACCCCAAAACCAAAACCGUGAAGGUCUAGACCCAAAAUGAACAAUUUCUUGUCGACAAAAGAUUCAGGAUGUUGCAAUACGCACAUCGUUUUUUCUCUGCCCGGAAAUUAUUUUUCCCCCCUCAAAAUCACAGAAGAAAUUUCGUCGUUAGAUGUAAAUAAAUGGCCAGCAUCACCGCCUCCGCUAAGGGAUAACGCUCGGUCUAAUCCAUUAUUAUUAAAAAAAAAUUGACUAGGACGCUAAGUUUUAUGAUCCUUUGCCACCAAAUCUUCUCCCUCGUUAAUUUGUUUGGUUGUGGUUAGACUCCAAUCCACAAAACCACACAUAAUCGUAACCAAGAGGGAGGAUCUAGUGACUAAGGGGGGUUGCUUAAUCACUUGGCUAAGCCCCUCCUAGCCCUUGGAUCUAGAUGAAGUGAUCUAAUGGUGAAAUUUAGGGAAAAGAUAAUUAAAUAGUGGGAGGGGCAAUUAUGGGAUUAUAAAAAAAUGCAUUUAAUUUUAUUUAUUUAUUUCCCUCCAACAUUCCUUUUCUGCGCUGCCAGAAUCGGCCAUGGGAGAGAGAGAAAAGCAGCGAAGUGGAGAGAACGACAACGAUGGUGGAAGAGAGGGGAGCGGCGGCAACAAUGGAGAGAGAGAAAGGAGACCUCGACGGCAGUGAUGGAGAGAGGGAAAGGAGAUCGCGAUGGGGUGACAUCGUUGGAGAGAGAGAAAGCAGAUCUAGCAUCGUUGUCGAGAAAUCUAAGGAGAGAGAGGCAGUGGUGGAGAGAGAGCGUCGACAACGAUGGAGAGAGAGGUGGUGCGACGAUGGAGAGAGAGAGAGUAGGCGGCGGCGACGACGGUUAAGAGAGAGUCGGCGACGACGGAUCUCUAUAUUUUGUCAUCUGAGGGAAGAACAAUGAUUUAUAAUGAUAGUGUUGUCGGUUUGUAUUAAUAGUACUUUUGUACGUAAUGUUAGUAUAAUUUGUAUAGUUUGUAUGUUUUGUAAUAUUAAUUUGUAUACUUUAUAUAUAUAUAUAUAUAUAUAUAUAUAUAUAUAUUGAUUUGUGAUGCAAGUUAUGUCGCUUUGUAUUGUUAGUACUCAUAUUUUGUACUCUUAGUAUGCUUUGGGUACUUUGUCACUAUCUUUUCAUUACAUAUUAUGAUGUUUACAAAUCAAUCCUAUAAAUAUUAUAAAGCAGAUUGAUAACCAUUACAAACUAUAAUGCCAACCAUUACAAACCAUACGAACAAACAUUACAAACUAGACAAACAAACAUUACAAAGUACAUUAGGUUGUUUUUUAGGCAUAAAUUCAUUACAAACAUGGUUGACAAAAAUGAUAAACAUCUUCGACAAAAAUAAUAAAGCUUACAAACAUUACAAAAGAACCCGACAAACAUUACAAAAAUAACAAAGUUUAUAAACAUUACAAAACAAUUCGACAACAUUACAAAACAUACUAACAGUACAAAAUGUCACUACUUACGAUUCACAUCGGUAAACUUGUAUUACAAAUCAAUGAAUACAAAGUAUACAAAUCAUAACAUGAAGUAUACAAACUAGACAAACAAACAUUACAAUUUACAAUAUAUAUACAAAUUAGUCAUAUAAACAUUACAAACAUAAUAGAUAAAAAAUAACAAACUAUAAUAAUAAACGAUGCAAAUCGAAUUGAUACAAAAUUACAAACCAGACUUAAAAACAUUACAAAAUAGACGUUGUCACCGGAAAACCCUCUCCGCCGCCGACGAAAAAUCUGACGAUGACGAAACUCUCUCUCUCUCUCUCUCUCUCUCAUGAGCUUGGAGGAAAAAAUUCCCCAGAACAAUGGACGGAAAAAUGAACUCCCCAAUAAUAGACAACGCCGGGAAUACGGAACCUCAUCGGAAAAGAAGUCCCGCCACCGGGAAUAUGGAACCCCGCCGGAAUAAAAAGGCUUGCCGCCAGGAAGGGACCACUUGGGGGCAUAAAAGCCCACGUCGGCCGCCGAGGAAUUUGCUAGAAAAGGCUUGGCGGGGGGAGGGCUGAGGACAAGCCAUUAUUUUUAUUUUAUUUUAAUUGUUUAAUAAGUAAACUUUGUAAUUGCCAUAUUACCCUUCAUUAAACUAAAUUAAUUUGUACCAUCAAAUUUUAAUGAGAUUCAAUGGCCGAAAUUGACUUAGUCAUGUGACUAAGGGACCCCCUUAGUCACUUGAUCUUAGCCCCAAUUAAGAAGCAUUUUACUCCGUUUGCAAUUAAUGACAAAUCACGCGAUUCCAUUGUUGUUGCAAUUUAACUGCAAACCGUAGCCUGAUUCCCAACCAUGUGCUUUCCAAAGUAAUAUGCUCUAAAAAAGACUAGCUUAUAACCCGACCCGUUGGCCAGAAUGUUCAUAUUUUUUAUUUAUAUUUGUAUGUUACCUUUAAGUUUGUCAACCUGUUUAAGUUUAUUGACAGUCCUUUGGUCUCGAUGAUACAUAAAGAGUAUAGGUUAAAAAUUCGGAGAAAUACCUUAAUCGUUUAAGAAUAUAAAAAUGAAUCCUUAUUCUCGCUUGCAUAAUGAUAAUUAAGCUCUCAUUAAAAUGCUAUUGGUUGGUUGAUUGCCAAGAAAGAGUUUAAAAGCUCACUGGAAUUCCACACAAUACAUGGAUAGUUUGAAACGAAAUCAAAACCUCACAACCUACAUAAAGGGUUCAAUGCUCUCAUUUUCAAGCGAUAUGCCACUAAUCAAAAGAUAAGAAAAGUUACCCUCAAGUCAACCAUAAACUAACAACUCACUAAACGGAGACCAUCAAAACUUCAUACCAAUCGAAAAAAAUUAGGGUAAUAGGUUGGAUCAAAGUAAUAAGCCACAAAAUUAAAC